AUGGAUGCUUUGAAUACGGACUCGAUGGACGAUAUCAACGAUGGACCAAGUACAAGCUUCGUUACGAUGGAACCAGAAUUGAACAUUGCUGAAACAAUCCAACAGCAAUCACCUAUACAAGAAAUACCACCUAUCCAACAAAUGACACCAAUCCGACAAAUACCACCAAUCCAAGAAAUACCACCAAUACGACAAACUCCACUAAUCCUACAAACACCACGAAUCCUACAAACACCACCAAUCCAACAACAACCACCAAUACAACAAAAACCAACAAUACAACAACAACCACCAAUACAACAAACACCACUAACCCAACAGAAACCACGAAUCCAACAAAAACGACCAAACCGACAAACACCACCAAUCCGACAAAAACCACCAAACCGACAAAUACCACCAAUCCAACAAGAACCACCAAUACAAGAAAUUCCACCAAUACAACAAAAACCACGAAUGCAACAAAAACCAUCAAACCGACAAAAACGACCAAACCGACAAAUCCCACCAAUACAACAACAACCACCAAUACAACAAAUUCCACCAAUCCGACAAAUACCACCAAUCCGACAAAUACCACCAAACCGACAAACACCACUAUUGCUACAAAUAUCACCAAUCCCACAAAUAUCACCAAUCCCACAAAUAUCACCAAUCCCACAAAUACCACCAAUCCAACAGACACCAACAAUCCUUGCUGGGUUCGUACAUUCACCACGGGAGUCUCAGGUAUUUCCAACCACUGUAUAUCCACAACUAUUAAAUGAGCAAUUGAAAAUUGUCGCUGAUCUAAAGAGCAAACGUUUCGUAGAAUCGUUAGAAGCAUUGGUGGGUCAGUUCAGUUUUCCUGACACGAAUCUUAUUAAUAUAGACCACUGGAUAAGUGACGACGUUUGA